AUGUCGAACCGUGAAGACCCACUCGCCUAUGGCAAUUACUACGGCAAGGAGUCAAGUCGAGGCGGAGGAGGUGACAGCGCGAGAGGUUUCGUCGGUGAUACCUUCAAAAUGCUGAAGGAAACAUACAAGAGCCAUCACUCUCGGCCGCAGGGAGAACACGCGCCGCAAGGUCAGAAUGCCGGUCAGGGAUCUUACGGUUCUCAGGGUUCCCAACCGCCGUCGCAGUCGCAGCCCCAGUCGCAGAGCUACCAGCCCCAGAACUACGGCCAGUCGCAGAACUAUCCGCCUCAGCAGGGCGCUGCGCAGAACUUCGCGCAGUCCGGCCCGAACCCGAACUACCAAAACCCGGAAUACCAGGAUCCGCAGUACCAGGGAAGACCCGGUAAGCAGGGGAAACAGGAUAAGGUUCAUGGAUUGCUGGGUAAGCUGCAGGGGACCGUGGCGGGCCUCGGUAACGACGUUGCCCAGCGUCUGGGAAAUGCACUGGACCCGCAGGCUUAUGCGGAGUAUGGCCAUGGCAAGCCGCAAGCUCAACACAGAUUCGGUAGCUUUGCGCCGGACCGACAGGGCAAUGACGUCAAGUGGUAUGUGGACGGCUGCUCCUAUUUCUGGGCGGUGUCCAAGGCGCUGGAAAGCGCUCGGGAGUCGAUUUGGAUUUUGGAUUGUAAGUUCCGACGGGGCGUGGGGAAUGCCGUCUUCAUCCGAUACUGA